GCGCGAUUCAUUAUAUUUAGCGACGGUUUUGGCGCCGGUAAAAAUAGAUUUUCAUUGAUCAAGUUACGCCCUGAUAGGGAUUGAUUCGCGUGCGACUGGAGCACCCAAUUGCUGCUCCGCCACGGAAGUCUCUGGUCUAGGGUUCUGCUCUUUUUUACUCAGUGAACUCUUACCGGAAAGCUUUCGAGAAAAUGGAUGGGAAAAUGGAAAUCUCCCUGGACAAGCUUCCCAUCAAGCGAUUGGAGGCCAUUGAAGAAAAUGGCAUCGAAAGAUUCCCCUCUGAUGUGGGGUAUGAUGAGAAGCGACUUUCUCUAAUUCGGCGAAUUGACUUCGCAUGGGCAGUGGAGAAGGACUCGAACAAGAAGCAGAAGAAGAGUUCUACGAAGGAGAGCUCGGCGCAGCCCUGGUCUUGGCAGAGCAUGGUCGAGAAUUUGCAGUUGGCUCACCAAGAGCUCUCAGUCAUCAUCGAUCUUAUAAACACCGUGGAAGCCAAUGAUGCAGUAACAGUGGCAGGCAUGACUAGGCCAAAGCAAUUACCCAACGAACUUCUAUCUGACCUUGCUGUGUCUGCUGCAACCAAGCUACAAUGCUUUCGGCAUCUUAGUAAAUAUUUUAAGCAGUCUGCCAAAGCUUUGGAGCAACAGGUUGGUAGGGAAGCAAGAUUCUAUGGUGCCCUCAUCAGACUGCAGCAGAAUUGGAAAGUUAAACGGCAGCGCUUGGUGGCUUCUGCUCCUGGUAGUGAAGGAUUCUCCAUUGAUCUCUUUGAUAAUUCAUUGUACGAUCCAGCAGCUGUAUUCCGCCCAUCUUCUAUAUCUACAGUUCGAGUUGACCGUGAUGCAGCUGGCAUGUUGGCUGUCUGUUUAACCCCCAAUUCAUGCCGCUAUCUUCGCUUUGGAUUUCUUGGAGCACAUUCAGGUCAUAAUCCUGGGAAGUUCAGUGCAGUUAAAACAUAUUCAUCGAAUGAGCAUCUUUCUGGUGAAACUAGGAAAGAAUCUGUAAGUGAUGAUGAGUCUGUUAAGCAGACACAUUCAAUACUCCGUGAAGUUCAUCAAGCAAUCUUUGAUGAACAGGUAUUUGAUUUAGUGAAUCGUGAAGCAUUUAACCCAUCUUUAGGAGUCAAUGUGAGUGGAAUACGAGAAAAUCAUUUACAAUUGAGCAUAGGCCAGGGAGCUUCUGUGUUUAUAUCACUUGUGCCAUCUGGGCAAGCUGAUCAAACAGCUGAAAGUACAGGCACCCAAAAUACAGAAACUGUAUUUUUACCUAUGGACUCAUUUGAUGGAGCAAAGUUAGCAGAGGGAGAACAUGAUAACUUUAAGAAGAAGUCACAGUUUCCUAAUCACAUUAGUUAUGAAAUUUAUCUGCAACAGAUUUUCCAUGAACAUGUGCUUGUAAAAGCAUAUGAUAGACCUGUUUCUGCUGGUACUGGUAGAACUCAGCUAUUGAGUCAUCUUGGGAAGGAAGGGUUUGGUCUUCUGGGCCAUUUCUGCAUGUCUAUAGCCCAUAGGAUCUUUUCAAGCAAAGUGCUUGCGGAGCUAGAAAAUCUGGUGGGUAGGGCCCCAUAUCUUCAUUUGUUAUCUCAUCCCACAUGGCAUUCUCGAACGUCUUCAUGGACACUUUUCAUGAAUAUUCCUCGGUCUGUUCUUCGUGGGGGUUGCCAAACUCAAACAUCAGAUGUUAAUCAAGUGAAGAAUGGUAAGUCACAGUUUCGGACUAAGGUGGUGGUUAAUGAUGAUUGCAUCAAUGUAGAAGGGGAAGGUGCUCCUAAUACUGUUGGCUUGUUCAGAGGAAGUUCAGAGGAAAUCUGUUUUAUGAAUAGAUAUAACUGUGACUUGGUGGAUCUUCCUGUGAUACUCCUGCAGCAGUUUGCGAGCCAGAUUAUUCGAUGGCUUCAUGAGGAAGCUGUUAUGGUAGGAAUGAAGGCAACCCGGGAUUUUCUGUGCUUGUCAUUUGAACUGGAUGAGGGUGAAACACUGAGCCUGGUGGCUCACGUAGACCCAGAAGAUAGUGAAGGAUGCAUUACAUGGUGGCUGGUAAUGGAGGAUGGAUUUGCAGAGGAGCGCAACAGCGGGAGACUUUAUGCAGAAGUUUGUGAUGGUGGUUCUGAGUAUAGGAAAUUCUUGGGGUGCUUGUCUUUGGAUGUUCUAUAUUCGACACUGAUGGACUUGGUUAGCCUGUGCAGUGGCAGUGCAGGCCAUUGAUCGUGCACUCGUCAAUGGGAAAAGCUAAUUUUGGUAUUUGCCCUGCUGGUAAUGUUAGAAUAUCUGGAGGUACUCCCUCUCUCGGAUGUUCUUUUUACCUUUUUUGUUCACUUAUUUAUCACAUUCUGCAUUCUGAUGUUACUAAUGCCUAAUUAUAUGUAUAUGUAUAUUAAUUAAAUGCAAACGUUGAUUGAUUCUAAUGAUAA